CUCCUCCCACCCCCCAUCACCUCUCCAUUAUUUCUGCACAUUCGGGCGAGGGCCGCACCCUAGCAACAGUGGCGGCAUGGGGAUCGGCUCCCCCUCCCCCUCCCCCUCCCCAUCCCAUCCCUUUUAGCACGAUACCGUGCGCGCUUCCCGGAUGAAGUGCGCCACGUAUGCCGCUGCUCACUACAUCGCGCAGCGCUUACCCGCGCCCCUACACGCCGUCGCGACCUACCGGCCUCGAAGCCCCUUGUCAACGCCACGUGUCACGGCGCGACCGAGCAUGCAGGGGCGUCGCGCACUCUCUCCCCCUCUGCUCUUCCUCUCCCUUACCCCUCCAUGGGUGAUCGCAACAACAGCUCACGACGGCGCCACCAAGCGCACUACCCACCCCCUAGCGUGCCCAAUCGCAUGCCCGCGCCCCACAUACCACUCUUACCUUUUCACUGCGCACCAUCCCCUCCUUUCUCCCCUCUUUCCUCCCCCUCCCCCCCCCUCUCCUCCCCCUUUACCCCCCUCUCCUCUUACCCUCACCACCUCCUAUGCUGAUCGCCCCACGUGUUAGCGCCGUGAAAAUUUUCGUGCGCGCUUUUUACGUCCUGUUUUACUUCCUGUACUUCUAUAGCAUUCGUUGUAUACAUAAUAUAGUAAUAUAUCAUGCUUAAAUGCA